AUGGACCGAACCAUCAUCCGGAAUUUGGCAACUGCUUAUGAUGGAUUUCAGCCAAAAGACGAUGUUAUUUAUAAAUACGGAACGCCACGCUGCAUAUUAACUGAUAACGGUACACAUUUCACGUCGGCAAUGAUGAAUAAUUUGUUGAAAGAGAUCGGAGUCACACACUUGUACGGUGCUCCCUAUCAUCCCCAAACAAACGGCCCAGUACAGAGAUACAAUCCAACAAUGGAUUCGAAAAUAGUAGCAUUGUCGAACGAACGAAAGACUGACUGGGGCGAACAGUUACCACUUGUAACAUUCAACUACAACAGUACAAUCCGUGCAACAACAAAACAAAUCCCGUUCGAAAUGAUGUUCGGACGAGCACCGAUUCUACCAUUCGAUUUUCAAGAAGAGACAAUAUCACUCGGACAAGAUCCAGAGCACGUCAAAAAAUUGAACGCGUAUCUGUUCUCAAUGACCGAACGCGUCAGAGAAAGUAUACGACGAAAUCAAGAAAAUACAAAACCCGCUACGAUAAACAUCGAUCCAAUCCAUCGUAUAACGUCAACGAUUUAG